GUGAGAAUGGAAAAUAAUGAAGUCAUUCUAUUAAAUGUCGGUGGUUUUAUUUAUUACACCACAAGGGCAACCCUUGUCAAGUAUCCAAAUUCAACGUUGGGAUUGAUGAUGAAUGGAGAUACCCCAAUCAGUAGAGAUCAAAAUGGGAUAUUCAUUGACCGAGACGGACAAAUGUUUAGAUACAUACUGAAUUUUUGUAGGUCUGGAAAACUUUGCCUACCACAACAAUUUUCUGAUUAUGAUUUACUGGAAAAUGAGGCCGAAUUUUACCAAAUUGAACCCUUGGUAACUAGUAUCAAAUCUUCCCGACAACAAGCAAUGAAAGAAAACCAAGGAUUCAAUUAUAUAGAAAUCGUGGAAGAGAAAUCUUAUUCAAUUCCACAGUCUAGAAACUUUGUAGUUUCUUCCAAAAAUGCUUUUCCAAGUACGUGUAGUACUUCCGUAUAUGGGAGGAUUGAUGAUCUAACAGCAUUGCCUCCAGAAUGUGUUUAUAUAUCUGGAGAUUUGCAAACGGACCUUGUCUCAAAUUACGGUAAACUGACAAUCGAAAAAGGUGAUGUGAGAUUACAGAUAGGCGAGUUUCUCAGCAAACGAGGAUGGGUUAAAGAAUACGGUGAUUCAUAUUCAUCAACAAACGUCAGACCAACAAACGAAAUUGUCAAGGAACAAACCUACAGGGAUGUUUGGAAAAUAUGCAAGAAAAAAUGAUUAAAUAUACAUGUAUAUGAGGGGGACUACUAAAAAAUCACAUAUUUUCGAGGGGUCAAUUUUUUGUUGUUUUAAUAAAAUAAAAUUGGGGAUUUUAUUUCGUGGUUAAAGAUUUGUUCAGUAGUAAUAUAUGUGAAAAAUUGUAUUUCGUUGUGGAUAUAAAUUCGUGGGUCUCUUCAUACCUUGAAAAUCACGAAAACUACACCCCCACAAAAAUUAGUGAUUUCACAGUAUAAUUCAGGAAUAAUUCUAAUUAUUAUUAAAUAAAAUAUCACAUGUACGGGAAGACAUCAAUAAGAUGACUAAUAAAUUAAUGUGUAAAAGUGUUUAAUUUUAAAUAAACUUUUUACAAAUAA